AUGAUUCUGAAUGGAGAUGAAAGUGAGAUUGAGGGAUUUGGUGGUAUCAGCUCAGAUGAAGACGAUCCCGUUGAAGAUCCAGAUUACACUCCCUUGUAUCAGGAGUCAAGUGAGUCUGAAUGUGAGUCAGAAGGGGAAAUACCUCAACCAGAAGGGGAAGUGUCUCAACCAAAAGAAUUACCUCAACCAAGUACCUCAACGAAGAAACAUCCUACUGGCCAAGAAAAUAAGUUCUCUUGGAGAAAGAAACCUUUUGAAGCCCCUGACUGCACCUUCAAAGGAGAGAGUGUCAAACCUCCAGACGAGCUUCCCACUCCCCUGCAGUACUUCAGGAGGUUCAUUACAAAGGAGAUGAUAGAGUUAGUAAUGGAGCAAACCAAUCUGUACAGUGUCCAAACCACUGACACGCUCAAGAAUGUGAACACCACAGUCAAGGAGCUGGAAAUCCUAAUUGGCAUGUACCUGCGCAUGGGUAUUUGCCAGCUUCCAGGAAACCGUACCUACUGGGAAAACAACACAAGGUGUGCCAUGGUAGCUGAUAACAUGUCACGCAACCGUUUUCAGACCCUCCUUGCAUCUCUUCACUUCGCUGACAAUACGGAUUCAUCAAACAGGCAAGAAGGGGACAAGUGCUGGAAGAUCCGUCCAUGGCUUGAUAUGUUCCGCAAACAAUGUCUUGAGAUCACCCCAGAAGAGUACAACUCUAUCGAUGAGCAAAUGGUGUCUUUCAGAGGAAUGCGCAGCCCAAUAAGGCAGUAUGUCAAGAGCAAGCCCCACCCCUGGGGAUUCAAGAUCUGGGCCCGUUGCACUUCCACAGGAAUCCUCUGUGAUUUUCUGGUGUAUGAAGGUGGCACUGGGAAAAGAACCACACUUGGCAUGGGAGGAGACGUGGUGCUCAAGCUGUGUGAAACUCUUCCAUCAGGCCAGAACUACAAAGUGUGCGCCGACAACUUGUUCUCUUCAGCACCACUGGUGCUUGAGCUUCUUCAGCGGCAGAUCUUCUACACAGGAACACUCCGCAGCAAUCGCUUGUCUGGAUGUCAGCUUGAGGAUGACAAGAGUCUUGCCAAGAGAGGCAGAGGAUCUUUCGAUGUCAGAGUGGAGAAAGAGGGGUCCAUGGCCAUUGUAAAGUGGCAUGACAACAGAUCGGUCACCUUGAUCUCUUCUCACACAGCAGUGGAACCACAAGACAAAGCUCGCCGCUGGAGCAAACAAGAGAAGGCAUUCAUUGAUGUCAACCGGCCACACAUCGUCAAAGUGUACAACACCUUCAUGGGGGGGGUUGACCUCAUCGAUGGAUGUAUUGCCAGGUACAAAUACAACAUGAGGUCACGGAGGUGGUACAUCUACCUGUUCUGGCACAGCAUCAUGCUAGCCCUGGUCAACGCGUGGCUGACCUACCGCCGUGACUGCAAUCUGCUUGGUCAGAGGCCACUAAAUCAAAGAAGAUUCCAGGCAGAGGUAGCAACUAGCCUCAUCUUCAUCCAGGCAGAAAGGGGGCGCCCAUCACUCGACAACAACACCCUAUCUCCACCAGCACCUCCCAAGAGAGUCCGUGUCGGAGUUCCUGAUGAUGUUCGUCUGGACCAGGUAGCACACUGGCCUGUGAAAUGUGCCAAUCGUGGCCGCUGCAAAAUCUGCAAAACCAAUGCAACCAGCACCGUCUGCGAGAAAUGUAACGUGCGUCUCUGCUUCAAUGAACAGAGAAACUGUUUCAAAACAUACCAUUUUGCCUAG